GUCAAAUUUGCUGUCAGAGGAAAUACAAAAGUUUCUGGGGGAAAUCAUGUUUGCAUCGUGGUGAGCAGAAAUUGGGCAAUUUUGCAGUGAAAUCGGGAAUUUGUGCUGGUGAAAAGGGUGCAAUAAUACAAUGGGAGAGUGCCGUGUUGCGGAGUGGACGGUGGAUGAAGUGUGUGAGUGGGCAAAGAAGGAAAAAUUGAGUGAGAAAGUUGUGACUCAGAUAAAGAAUGAGGAAAUUGAUGGUAGAUGCCUUCUCUGCCUCACGGAGGAAGAUCUCCGGACAAUUAGGACAAAAUACUCAGGUCGCUGUGAACUGACCAUUGGUGAUAUGAAAAAGUUCUCACUGGCUGUGCGUAGUAUCCAGAAGGAUAAUCAUGCCAGUUUAGUUUACCUUGGCCUCUGUGACAAUCAUCCAGUCACAGGGGCUCUUCCAGCCUUUGGGGGCUCCACAGCUGAUGUGCUGCACCUCAAUGACAUCGAGCGGAUUUCACCGCCAAUGUCUGUCGAUGGUAGAGCUACCAGCAUCCAGCCAGAGUUCUUCAAAACAAUGAUCAGUUUAGGCUAUGCAUUUCUCGUCACGUGGAUCACGUCUUUUGUGAUGGUGGUGGUGCACGAGAGAGUGCCGGAUAUGAAGAAAUGGCCACCACUUCCAGAUAUCUUCCUGGACAAUGUGCCGCACAUUCCGUGGGCAUUUCACAUGUGUGAGAUCACAGGAACCUUCCUCUUUGGCAUUUGGGCUUGCGUUAUUGUGGUGCAUAGGCAUCGUUUGGUGCUACUAAGGCGCUUCUUUGCUCUCGCUGGCACAGUUUUCCUCCUCAGAUGUGUUACAAUGCUCAUAACAUCGCUGUCUGUCCCAGGGACGCAUCUUCAGUGCACGCCGCAGGAUCACAAAGUGGAUGAAACCAACGUUGUGACAUGGCUUGAUGCCAUCCACCUCAGGAUUCAGCGCGCUUACACGAUCUGGAGUGGCUUGGGGAUGUCGAUUCAGGGUGUUAGGACAUGCGGUGACUACAUGUUCAGUGGACACACUGUUACUCUUACCCUCCUCAAUUUCUUCAUAACCGAAUACACUCCUCGUCAUUUGUACUUCCUGCAUACGAUGACGUGGUUGUUGAAUAUGUUCGGGAUAUUCUUUAUUUUGGCUGCCCACGAACACUACUCGAUAGAUGUUUUCGUGGCAUUUUACAUUACAUCUCGUCUCUUCCUCUACUACCACACCCUGGCAAACAAUCAGGCUCUGAUGUCGCACGAUUCGACACGCACAAGAAUCUGGUUUCCCAUGUUUAGCUACUUUGAGAGUUCUGUGGAUGGUAUUAUUCCCAAUGAAUUUGAUACAGUAACGGAAGUACUGGGAAAGUUGUUUUGGGGUGUUGUCUAUAUUAAGGAUAUUUGUAUGCUGACAGCGCGGAGGAUUUGGCUGGCUCACAGUGAUUUUGCAGCUGAGGAACCGGCAGCUAAGAAGCCCAAGAAAUCUACAAGUGCUAAUCAACUUUCUGGUGAUUCAGAGCUCAAUAAUGCAGUGAGUGCAAAGAAAACUCUGGGCAAUGGAAAUUUGCUCCUCAUGAAUAAUGAUAUUGGAAGGAAUGGGGGUUCUGGGGAGCCAGCUAUUACCAUUGAGGGGCUCAUUAAGAGCAAUAUUGAUCAUAUGAGAGAGCCCAAAAAUGGUGUACUUGAGAAGAAAGACAACUGAGCGGAAAAAAAAAGUAAAACAUUCCUCAACAAAAACAAAAUUCUUACCAGAAAUCCUAAGCUUAGUGAAUAUUUUUUUUUGUAUUAAAUAAAUUCUAUUUUAGUGGCUGCGAUAGCGGGAACUAGGAAUAAUACCAAAGUCGUGAUUUUUCUCCAUUAGGUCUAAAUUAAUUUAUUUAUUUUUCCUUCAAUUGUCGCACAAUGGCAUUCUUGGAAAUACCUUCUUCCAAUUUGAUAAUCUUUCACGAAAACUUUCUCUCCAUUUACCUUUGAUAUGGAAUUUGAUCAUCUUUAGUUAAUGUGAAAAAAAAUUGAAUUAGUAAAAUUGUUAACAUAUAUUUCUUGAAUUUUAAAUAAAUUCCUAUUUAAAAAUGAA